GGUACGCGCACCGAAACAGUUACUGCUCCUUUCUCGCUGGGCGGCUGUCUGUCUCCGGGUACUGAGGCUGAGAUAAGCAGUUAUUAUUAACUAUUUUUUUUUACUACAGUUCAUAUCUUUUUUUAAAAAUUCCAACUCAUUUUAUUUUUACGGGUAAGUGGAACGCAUUUUACAUCGCAACAUCACUCUCCUAGCCUGCAGUUGUUUCAAAGAAGACGAAUUUCAUUUUAAGGUCCAGCGAAGACGUGAAGGUGGCACGAUGAAGUCCAAGGGGAAAGCCGCGAAGCGCAGUCAGCAGCCUUGGAGCGAACCGGAGCCGGACUUCCAGCUGGAGAAUGAGCUUGGCUGCAGUGAACACGAAGGCUCAGAGGCAUCUCUGCGGCUUGACAGGUCCUGGAGGGGCUCCAGGAGGGAGAACAGGGGCACCGCGGCAGGCUCCAGACGCCGGCGGCCACACGGGGGCACGAAGGAACGGAACGUGCGACGGCUAGAGAGCAAUGAGAGGGAGCGACAGAGGAUGCACAAGCUGAACAAUGCCUUCCAGGCCUUACGCGAGGUCAUCCCGCACGUCUGGACUGAAAAGAAGCUCUCCAAGAUCGAGACCCUCACACUUGCCAAAAACUACAUCAAGGCUCUCACCACCAUCAUUCUGGGCAUGUCGGGUGGCUGCCUGCCACACGGGGAGAGUCAAGCCCAGGUCAACGCAUCCAAGCUUCUGCAGAGCUAUAGGCAGCACCUGGAGGAGGAGGGCGAGGAAUGCUUGUCCAGGUACCUCAGCCAGAUCCACAGCUUGAGCCAGGGCAGAUAGCCCCAUGGACUGUUUGUGCAGCCACAUGUACCCUCCAAGGUCAGGAACAGGAAAACAGAAACUGAGCUGUUUGCUGAAUGAUAUGAAUCUUUUUUUUCCAGCUGGUCUAAAGGGAUUCUUGGAGGAACAGGAACGUUAAGGACUCAAACUUAUUCUUCUGCCCAUAUAUAUAUAUUUUGCAUAUUUGCUCUUUUGCUGCUUAAUUAUACAAUUCUGCCAAAGAAUUCUUCUGCUUUAUGUAAGUAGUGCAAGGCUUGAGAAGAAAAUGUGCUCUGAUAAAUAUGGUGAUGUUUGUAUUUUAAAACUAUAGAAAUCUGUGAUAGAAGGUACUUUAACUUAAAUGAAUAGUUUGUUGGUAUUAAUAGAUGUCAGCAAAAACAUCCUGUUGUUUUGUGUGCCUAGUUUUUGGUGCCAUAUUUCCUGAAGUAUAUGCUGUACUCUACAGUGUUUUUUUUUUUUUUAAUUCUACCACCAUAUACUUCAUGUUAUGAAUGUUGCAAGUUUUACAAAACAUGUAUAAAAUACACUAACUUCAAAUUUUUCAAAAUACCUAUUCAUAAUUCAUAAUCUGAAAAGCAAUUAUGUAAUGCCUGGUCUUUAAAAGCGGUUGCAAAUCCUGAUUUUGGCCAAACAUUUUCCAGACUGCAAUUUCUGUUUUUCUUGGAGUGUUACAGUAGUUUACAGUAGCUUUCCCCCUUCAAAAAAAUUAUUUUUUUUUACAUUUUUCUGUGUGCUGACUCUGCGAGCGUACUCAGGACCAGCUAUAGGAAUGCUCUUAGGGCAGUAUUUCUUACCAAAUGUUUACCAGAAGUCCUACUUGGAACCAUUUUAUGCCAUAAUAGAAGAACAUUCCAGUGAUACAUACAAAAUACAAGGCAUCUGAUAUUUUGCAUCUGGAAAAAAGUGCAUUUAGAAAAUAUUCCAUUGUAAUUGUUGUGGGAAUCAUAACUUCCAGGCAAUAUGCCUUGGAAAUGCUAGGAAUCGCUGCUGUUCUUUGGGUUCAGGAAUGAGCUCAGUACUGUGACAUUACUGACAUAAAACUGAACACUUCUGAUUGAGACAGUAGAUGCAGCCCCCAGAAGACGAGGAAUGGGGGCUCCUGGUCUCUGCUAAUAGGACGAUAUACAGAUGGUCAUGCAGUGCUCACAGCCUGACAUUAACCUUGAAUUUUAAGAGGUUUCAACAAGGCAACUGAAUCACCUUUAAUAAAGUUAGAACUUGCUUCACUGAUCAAA